AUGUUUUCAUUAAAAAUGUGUAACAAAAUGGCAUUAACCAAAGAAUCAGCACCUCACCACCAUCACACAUUAGUUGUAGGAUUAAUAUUUAUCUUCGUAAGGAUAUCAUCACAACAAGAGACUGCUAUUAAUACAACAGUAUCAGUAAUGCCGUCAAGCAUAGCCAUUAAACCUAUAGCAAUAGUGCAAAACAUAAGUACAAACAGUGAAAACACCACAUCUAGUGCAUUAACGACACAAUUGAGUGUAAAUGUGACGGUUACAGAAAUGCCGCCGAAAAGUGUAGUUACAACGACCGCUAGUGGUUCGUCAAAUAGUUGUACGGACUCUAAAAGACUUAGCGACGAAUUUCAACCGAAAUAUUCAAAUCAAGCUAAAUUGAAAAAGUGCUGUCCUCGCGGUGAAAUCUAUUUACCCAGCGGUGGUGGACGCGACAAAUGUGAUAUUGCUAAUGUGAAUUUCGUGCCGGUUGUCAUUGAGGCAGUGUUUUUCGAACAUUGCAUCGAAGAUACGGAGAAGAAUGUAACGCUCGACUAUGACAUCGGGAAUCCUUGUGGCGGCCAUGAGGCGUUAAUAUACAGCCAGGAUUAUGGUGACAAUUUGUAUGUCCUGCAGAACGGAUCGCUGCUGAGAGUCGACAGUGAUUUUUCGGGAUUUGAUAUAUUCGACGAGUACUGUUUGGAUAUGGACCGUGAUACUGCCGUUCUGACGGCGAUUGUGUGCAAUCAGACAAAUCCGUCGCAGCAUUUGGUACACGUUUCGAAGGCACAGUCUUAUCUUUAUGCAAUAUGUAUGUUAGCAUCCGUACCGUGUCUUCUAGCAACUGCCUACUUCUAUCUGUACAUUCCCGAGCUGAGAAACCUGCAUGGCAAAUCGUUAGCUUGUCAUUCAUUGUGCUUGGCCAUUGGAUUUCUCCUGUUGAGCAUUGCCCAAAUCAAUGGAAACAUAUCACAGGCGAUUGGAUUCGUCAUUCAAUACUUCAUCCUGUCGUGUUUCUUUUGGUUGGCUAUGAUGUGUGUGGACAUUUGCGUUGAUGUUUGGUACUUUAUUCCGCAAAAGACUGUCAUCAAACCCCUAGCGUACAUCAUCCGAUUUAUCAUUUACGCCACCAUCUCACUCGGUAUCCCAAUAAUAUUGGUGAGUUGUUCGGCCUCAAAAGCUCUGUAUGGAAUGCCCAGUUACUACCUCAAAGGACACACGGAAGCGACUAGAGAUUCGCAGCAGUAUUUCAUUCCGCCGAUCAGCACCAUUCUGUUCAUAUCGUUCGUUCUAUUGGUCGCUUCGUAUUUUGGAUUCAGGGAAUUGAAUCCAAUCGUUUUGAAGGCAUUUCUGGCGAAAAAGGUUAUGGAAAAACGGAAAAUUGCCAACACACUCGAAACGAUUAACGUGAAGUACUACGAGGAGGUGAAACAGACCGCACGCAGCACCGCAUUCCUCUACAUCAUCAUGACAAUCAAUUGGAUUUUCGAAAUCAUUUCCUUUUACGUGCAUUCGCUGGACUCGUCGCUAGUGUUAUUCGACAUUCUGAACGCAUUACAGGGCAUCGUCAUAUUCAUCAUAUUCGUGUGCCUACCCAAACCAAUGGCCGUGAUAAAACGUUGGUGGCAUGACCGAGGAUCGCUGGUAUUGCAUGAGACUGAAAUGCAGGUGUUGAACAACGGCGCGUAAAGCUUAUGAGAGAUUGGAUGCGCGAAAAGAUAUGACAAAUAGCAUACGGUUCUAGUUUCUUUGUUAGAGUCGAUUUUGUUGACUGUUUUUAGUUUGUAGUGAAAGCAACCCCCGUUCAAUAUAUUGUAUAACAGAAAUCUAAAUUAUUUGGAAUAAAUCAUUUCGCUUUGACUAA